CCUCUCCUUCCACUACGCCAAACAUCAGCCCAACUGCCCAUCAUGGACGCGGCAAAGGAAGCUGUUGAAAAGGCCACCGAGGGCGUCAAGAACCUCGCGGUUCAAGGCGAGAACAAGAAGGCCGGCAAGAAGGACAAGAAGGCCGAUAAGAAGGCAAAGGGCGGCGCCGACGAGUCCUCUGGCCCCCUCAUGAUGUCCCCCGAACCCGAUUUUCUCCAGCGCCGCCUGGCCCUGUUCGACAAGAUCAAGAAGCGCCAGGACGAGGAGCUCUCCAAGAAGCCCCGCGAGCCCAUCACCAUCACUAUGCCCGACGGCGGCAUCAAGGCCGGAACCUCAUACGAGACCACCCCUGGCGAUAUCGCCAAGGGUAUCAGCAACUCCUUGUACAAGCGCACCAUUGUUGCCAGGCUAGACGGCGACAAGGAGCAACUGUGGGACCUGGAACGGCCUCUCGAGCGAAGCUGCAAGCUUGAGCUUCUGGAUUUCGAAGACGAGCAAGGCAAGAUGGUAUUCUGGCACUCCUCUGCCCACAUUCUGGGAGAGGCCUGCGAGAGACGCUUCGGCUGCAGCCUCUGCAUUGGUCCCCCGAUUGAGCGUGGCUUCUACUACGAGAUGGCACUCCCCGACGGUGGUGCCGUUGUCGAAGGCGACUGGAAGCCUAUCGAGACCAUUGUCUCUCAGGUUGUCAAGGAGAAGCAAAAGUUCGAGCGCCUGACCAUGACCAAGGAAGAGCUGCUCGAGAUGUUCAACUACAACAAGUACAAGCAGCACAUCAUCAACGACAAGAUCCCCGAUGGUACUUCCACCACUGUCUACCGCAACGGUCCUCUGAUCGAUCUUUGCAGAGGUCCUCACGUGCCAGACACUGGUAGAAUCGAGGCUUUCGCUGUUGAGAAGAACUCUGCUUCAUAUUUCCUUGGCGAUGCUGCCAACGACUCGCUGCAGCGAAUCUACGGUAUCUCAUUCCCCGAUAAGAAGAAGAUGGCUGAGCACAAGAAGUUCAUGGAGGAGGCCGCCAAGCGUGACCACCGAAAGAUUGGCAGGGAUCAAGAAUUGUUCUUCUUCAACGACAUGUCCCCCGGAUCCGCCAUGUGGCUGCCGCAUGGUACCAGGAUCUACAACACCCUCUUGGAAUACCUUCGUAAGCAAUAUUGGAAGCGAGGCUACGAGGAGGUCAUCACCCCAAACAUGUACAACUCCGAGCUGUGGAAGGUUUCGGGUCACUGGGACUACUACAAGGACGAUAUGUUCGUAAUCGAUUUGGAGGACAACGUCAAGUUCGGUCUGAAGCCCAUGAACUGUCCCGGUCACUGUCUUCUGUUUGGCCAUCGCGAGAGAUCGCAUCGUGAACUCCCAUGGCGGGUUGCAGACUUCGGUGUUCUCCACAGAAAUGAAGCAUCAGGUGCUUUGAGUGGGCUGACCAGAGUCAGAAGAUUCCAGCAAGAUGACGCUCAUAUCUUCUGCCGAGAGGACCAAAUCAAAGACGAGAUGAGCGACCUCUUCGACUUCUUGCACGAAAUGUAUGGUCUCCUGGGCAUGACCUUCAAGCUCAAGCUUUCUACUCGUCCGGAGAAGUUCAUGGGUGAGAUCGAGACCUGGGACAGGGCCGAGGCGCAGCUCCGUGAGUCUCUCGAUGGCUUCACCGCUGCUGGAGGUGGUGCUUGGUCUUUGAACGCUGGUGACGGUGCUUUCUACGGACCCAAGAUUGAUAUCACCAUUGUCGACUGCCUGGGUCGUGACUGGCAGUGUGCCACUAUCCAGCUCGACUUCGUGCAGCCUGUCAACUUCAAUCUUGAAUACAUGACCAAGGAUGGUGUGCAGAAGAAGGAUGAGACCGAGAAGGCGCCAGCAGGACCCAAGGUCAAGGUCAAGAACCCGCAGGCUGUCAUUGACUCCGCCAAGGCCGCCGCUGAAGGUGGCGUUGCCCCGGCUGCCGCUGGUGCCAAGAAGGAAAAGCCCUUUGAGCGAGUGGUCAAGGCUGUUUCUCCUGGAUGCGCUCGCCCCGUCAUGAUCCACCGUGCCAUGGCUGGAAGUAUCGAGCGUUUCACUGCUAUUCUUUGCGAGCACUUUGCUGGCAAGUGGCCCUUCUGGCUUUCGCCUCGGCAAAUCUUGAUUGUGCCAGUGGGUGUGGGCUAUUACGAUUACGCUCAGGAGGUUCAAAAGAUCUUCCACAAGGCUGGUGUUUACAUUGAUGUCGAUCUAAGUGGUAACACUUUGCAGAAGAAGAUCCGUACUGGUCAACUGGCCCAGUAUAACUUCAUCUUUGUCGUUGGUGACGAAGAAAUGAAGGGCAGACAGGUCAACGUACGAUGGAGAGACGACACCUCGGCUCAGGACCGCGGCAAGCCGAUUGCUUUAGACGAAGCGGUCGAGAAGCUCACCAAGCUCAAGGCCGACUGCGGUCAAUAUAACCCGUUCCCUGAGAUCGUGAAGCCAGCGGCCAAGGAAGCCCCUAAGGAUGCCCCUAAGGAGGCCGAUGCUUAGAUAGCUUAGAGUCCUUCUAGAUCUGGUCGACUUUUGCAUUACAAUAUAGUAGCAUUAGCGUCGAAGUGCCGUGACUUGCGAGAUAGCGGAGACAGGUAGACAAAAUCAGAGGUGUUUCAAAAUUUGUUCGAUCACGACGCACUCUUUUGCAAUUAUGAAGCCUUAUCUGCCUAAGGGGGCUAAAAUUGCCUUAAGCGGCUUUUCUCUCUCUCUCUUCAAAUAUACAUUGCUA